UGCGCGCAUUUCAUUUGUAAGCUGCUAACAGUGAGUUUUGAUUUUUGAUGACUUGUAGAAUCUCUAGAAGUACGUGGUUAAUACUAGUUCGUAGUGUACUCUUUGUUUAAAAGUGAGGUGAUUUUAAAAAUAGGAAACUGUAUUGAUUAAUAUAAGUGACAAAACUAAUGCGAAGUGUUUCAAAAUAAUGUGGAUAACUGCUUUUUCUAACCCCAAAACAGUAGUGCCGGUGUAAACUGUCAUUUCUGUAGAUCAGCUGGUAGUUUUGUUUACAACGGAAUAUGUGGAUUUGGACUUUAUACAAUCCUUAGAAAUUCGGAUUUUCUUAUUUUUUUAUAAAUGAUGUCAGUGUGCCAAUAGUCAAAAACUGUAUUGGUCUCUCAAUCAUUUUAAGGUUAUGUUGAUUUUUUACCAGUGAAAAUAAAAACUGUUAAGAUGUUGUGUCUCAAAAAGAUGUACAGGGAUGAGCUCCUACAACUUGCCCUCCUGUUAAGCAUUUUAAGAGUUAACCAUGAUUCCAUCUAUGACAAUAUCUAUGAUAAUUUGGAUUUUGAUAAUGGUACAAGCUGGAGAAGUAUCAAUCCAGCAGUGUUACGAUCACACUAUGUAAAUCCAAAAAGUCUAGACUCGGUUCUAUUAAACUACCAAAGAGAUUUAUUUGCUGAUCUAAACUCUCUAGGAAGAUUUAACAGUGGUGGCUUCAGACAUCCAGAUGUUACUACAUAUUUGCUUAACAUCGAAAGGACUGCUUCUGGAGCUAGCAAUGACACAUUAGCUAUUCCUGUUGUGCCACAGAAUCAGUCAGAUAAUAUUGUCACUGAAGAACCUACAGAUUCUUUGGACAUGGGCAUCAAUCUUACACAGGAGGAUAUGGAUUUGAUUGAAGUGUUGUGGAAGCAAGAUGUGGAUCUUGGUUUCACCGUUGACAAUGUGGUACCGAAACAGGAAAAAGAAGACAUUAAGCUCGAGCCAGACGACGCAACUACAUCUAUAUCGAAAGACGAAGAAUUAGAGAAAAUUAAAACUCUACAGUCCGUUAAUGAAGAUUCUAUCAAGCAAGAAAAAGAAGACGAUCCUUGGUCCGGAUUUGACUACACCAUUGAUACAGAAACCGGAGAGUAUGUAAUAAAAGAAGAAACCAGUCCGCUUCAACGAGAGUCUUCAGAGCCAGUCAAUCUUAACCUUGAUGAUCUUACUCUCCCAUUGCCGGAAUUCUUUCUUGACGAAGCUUUGCGUCUGAUCGACUUGGAAGAUGAAACGUCACAGGAAAAUAGAGUAAGCCUCAAGGAGCUGGAAAGUCUCCCCACCGAGGCCAGUAAUAAAUCUGUGCCAGUUGCAACGUCGACAGUUGCAGCUAACUCUGAUGAGCUCACAUCUUCCCCAGAGGAAGCCCUUCCUAAAGACCCUGAAGACGAGUUCGGUUUCCUGUCAGACAUGAUCCAAACACCACAAUUUCACCAUCCCCACCACAGGGCUCCAUUCCAGAGCCGCAUGCCAUUCGUGAGAGCAGUGAGCAUGGAACAACGAUGGCAGGAUCUAACAAAUUUGCUAAGUCUUCCGAGUUCGGAUGGAGGCGGAAUUCAUCACCAUUUCAGUCACCAUCAUCAUCCUUUGCACAACUACACUCACCAUCCUCAUCCUCAUAGCAUGAGUUACAGCCCCGAGGCCGCCCGAGGUGUGCUGCUCCACAACGCCACGUUACCCACACCCAUUGGUGACUUAAAUUCGUCUGUGCCAUAUAGUAAUUUAGGUGGUACAAACUUUGGGAGCGCCGUAGCAAGUUCUAUGAACCUCACGAAUAGCAGCGAACCAAUGGGAGAGUCUUCAAACACACCCCAUUACAAACUGGAACCUUCUCACGACAUGGUUUAUUAUCAGAAUGGUUCCUCUGAGAUUAAUCAAACUGAUGGUUUCCUUUCUUCGAUUCUUAACGACGAGGAUCUACAGCUAAUGGACAUGGCUAUGAAUGAAGGCAUGUACACCAUGCGUAUGCUGGACGGUAACAGCACAUUGAACAACGUUGCUACAAAUAACACCACUAUUUCAAUGUCUCGUAACGAUAUGGAACGGAUGGAUACAUCGAGUGAUAGUGCUCUUAGUUCGAUGGGUUCGGAACGAGUACCCUCCAUUUCUGAUGGGGAAUGGGGAGAUGCGGGAUCUGAUUCUGGCCACACGUCUACUGAACCAUAUGUCACCGAUUAUGCAUCCAAAGUCCGCCCAUACGACUAUAGCUACACCAGCAGACAGUUGAACAACGGCUUGGGUGCUUCCGACAAUACGAGAGUCCCACCAGUGGCCCAAAAGAAACAUCAGAUGUACGGAAAGCGGUAUUUUCAAGAUCAUAGCUCGUCCAAUUCAUCACAACCACCUGUAACACCUUUGAAAUAUGAAUACCAAGAGCCUUCUACUACAUACAACAUUGCCAAUCAGUCUGAAGGUGCGGUUGGACCGAAAUUACCGGAAAUGAAGUAUUCGUGCUCGAUGGAAUUCGGUCUUCAAAGUCAUCUAGCAAGAAAUCAUGUAAAUCACAUACAACAUAAUCACACUUACCAUUUACCGGCUGAAAGUGCUGGUGCCAUGCAGAGACCAGUCCUAAGAGAUAAAUCUAAACACCGUAAAUCAGAAGAUGAGUAUUUAACAAGAGACGAAAAACGUGCCAGGGCGUUGAACGUACCCAUUUCUGUUGACGAUAUCAUUAACCUACCAAUGGACGAAUUUAAUGAGCGCUUGUCUAAAUACGAUCUCAGUGAAGCUCAGUUAAGUCUGAUCAGGGACAUAAGGCGAAGAGGAAAGAAUAAGGUGGCUGCCCAGAAUUGCAGAAAGAGAAAGCUCGACCAAAUCUUGAGUUUAGCGGAUGAAGUGAAAGAAAUGAAGGACAGAAAGAUGCGACUCAUUGCAGAACACGAGUAUACCAGUACUGAAUGCAAACGCUACAGAGACAAGUAUCAACAACUAUACAGACAUGUUUUCCAGAAUUUGCGCGAUUCUGAGGGCAAUCAAUAUUCCCCCUACCAAUUUAGCCUACAAACAUCCGCCGAUGGAUCUAUCAUCUUGGUUCCAAGAUCGAAUUCCACGGUUUCGAAUUCAGACUCAAAGGAUCCUCUCCAAAAUCGCAAGAAACCAUAAAACACUUGCUCAAAAUUUUAUUUACUAAUUGUUAACAGGGUUGUUUUUAUUUUUAUUUUAUUUUUUAAUUUUAUGUUACAGGAUACUUCAACAAUAGUAAAGUUUCGAAAUUUUUCUUUGUAAUUCCAAAAAAUUAAACAUUCCUGCGAUCUGAACAGUACAAAAGUGUUUAACCAACCUGCAAUAUUUAUUCUAGUUAUUUUUUGUCAAGCAACACAUGAUAUAUCAAUUAAUAUUGCAAAAAUAUGUUGAUUAUUCAAUAAUAUGUACCAUUAACAUCAAACAAAACUGAGAAAAAAUAUUGCUUGUCGUUUACACUUUCAGAAACAUGAUUUGCAACAUACAUUUUUCUUACGAUUUAGUAAGAUUAUUGAAUUAUUGAAAUUAUUAUUGUUUUCUCUUUCCACUUUUCAUAUAUCUUUCACUUCCAUUCUUUCUCUUCGUACUUGAUACCUGUAUCGUCCUUAAGAGUUAUUGUCAUUUAUCUUCUGUCAUGUAUACAAGUUAUGAAGAAUUAGUCAUAUUAUUCGUUGGCACAUGUGAUAAAGUUUAUAAUUUAGUAUUCAGUUUUUUCUGAUUGGUUCGGCCUAUUCAGGGCUAUUAUUACUGCUUUAAACGUAAAAGCAAUUAAAUUAUGUAAUUAAAAAGUACCCCUUAAGAAUAGAAUACAAUAGAUUUUGUCUAAUCUUUAACAUUACUUAAUAAUAACAUUUUUAAAAUUAUGUCAUUCGUAAAUAUAAAAAGUUAUAAACACAAUAAAAUAUGACUAAAAUCAUAGAGACUUUUGAAAUUAUGUAAUUUUACAUGUGUAGGAACUUUAUAAAUUAUUCCCAUAUAUAAAAAGAAAUUAACAGGUUAGUGUUUUACCCCAAUUUUGGGAAAAAUAUAUUUAAUUCAUUUUUCUUGCACCUGUGAAUUGUCUAUAACUUCAUCAUCACCGUUAUGACUUUUGAAUCUUCCCAAUAGUAUUAGACCAGAGAAAUUAUCGAAUAAAAAGCAUUUUUCGUGACACUCUUUGAUACAGGUAUCUAACAACUGCUUUUGAUACAUUUGGUGAUAACAAUAUGUAAUAAACAAAAUAUGUAAAAGAUUAAACGUCAUUUUUUACUUAUAA